UCUCACCCCCCCAUUAGCAUACGUGACGUCAUGUUCCCGGGAUAAAUAAGAGGGGGCUUUGACCAUGGCCCAGGACCACUCUGUCUUAGGACUUCGGCUUCGCUUCUCCUUUAAUUUCCGCUCCUCCAGAUCCAACUCUGCAAAAUGGCCGAAGAGGCAGCCGCCCCAGCCGCAGAUUUCUCUCCGGACCAGAUUGAGGACUUCAAGGAGGCUUUCGGCCUCUUCGACAGAGUCGGUGACAGCCAGGUGGCCUUCAACCAGGUGGCCGACAUCAUGCGCGCUCUGGGCAUGAACCCCACCAACAAGGACGUUACCAAGAUCCUGGGUAGCCCCUCCGCUGAUGACAUGGUCAACAAGAGGUUGAACUUCGAGGCUUUCCUUCCCAUGCUCAAGCAGGUCGACGCCCAGCCCAAGGGUACCUAUGACGACUACGUUGAGGGUCUCCGCGUCUUCGACAAGGAGGGCAACGGCACAGUCAUGGGCGCUGAGCUGCGCAUCGUGCUGUCCACCCUGGGAGAGAAGAUGACCGAGCCCGAGAUUGAUGCCCUCAUGGCCGGCCAGGAGGACGAGAAUGGCAGUGUGCACUACGAGGCUUUCGUCAAGCACAUCAUGUCCGUGUAAGCGGCCAGCAGUAGGAGUGCUGAAACUGUAGCUCGCCUACAGACAGCCCAACGGUGUUCAGGACAUCUACACUAUACCAAAGACCAACCAAGGAAAGACAAGGACUAUGUACAAGGGAUGUUGAAGCAAACCCAUCUUGUUGUUUAUUUUGUUUUUCUUGCCAUUUCGUCUCCAACCCUCCUCUCUCGGGACAUCACCGUCAUCAAACUCUUCCGUUGUAGAAUCCACCAUCACUUGGCCUUCGCUCCAACCGGAGCACGUCUCCACCUAGCGCAUGGGGUGAGGAACGGGGGAGAAGGGAUGACCGCUCAUCAAGUGAGGGUAGAUCCCUCCCUUCCCACCGCCACCACAUUCAGUCACAUCAUCACUGGCCCAGCAAUGCCAAAGGUGCUGGGGGGCAGUCGUGGAUAGACCGCCAACAAGUCUCCCACUUCCCUGGAAAGUUUUAUUUAUUGUCUGUUCAUUUCAGAAUAAACUUUUCCAACGUA